AUGCAGCGAAAGAAGCCCACGCUGCCUGUGCGGCAGCUCACCAUUCUCUCAAUAUGUCGAUUCGCAGAACCUGUGGUCUUCACAUCGGUUUUGCCGUAUCUGCCUGAGAUGAUGGAAUUCGUCGGAGUCCCCAAGAAUGAAGUCGCCAGGUGGGUGGGUAUCACCUCUGCCACCGUCGCCGGCUGCCAGUGCCUCAUGGGCGUCCCCUGGGGCACGUUUUCGGACUACGUCGGGCGAAAGCCGGCCAUCUUGUUGGGUCUGACAUUCACCAUGAUCUUUUCACUCGUCUUCGGUUUCUCCACGUCUCUCCCGAUGCUCCUCACUGCCCGAGCCUUCCUGGGCCUGAUGAACGGUAACGUGGGCAUUAUCCGAACAAUGGUGGCGGAGAUGGUUCCCGAGAAGGAGUUGCAACCGCGUGCGUUCAGUCUCAUGCCUCUGGUUUGGACCAUUGGGAGCAUCUUUGGCCCUGCGUUUGGAGGAGCCCUGGCAAAUCCGGCUGUCAAGCAUCCCGACAUUUUCGGUGGAUCCGAGUUCCUCCGCAAGUAUCCUUUUGCGCUUCCCAAUAUGCUCUCGGCUGUGUUGUUCGUGAUUGGCAUCACGACUGGUAUCUUGUUUCUUGAGCUUACGAGGUUCAAGGAAACUUUGGAAACGAGGAAAGAUAAGCCCGACUAUGGUCUGAUGCUCGGCCGGAUGUUGACGAGUUCUUGCACGGGGCGGAAACGCAAACACGAUCGCUUCGCCAAGUCUGGCCCUGACGAGACUACUGCCUUGCUGAAUGGUGACGAACCAGAUGUGGAGAGGAACCCGAACCCGACUCCUGCAAGAAAGACAAAAUCGAAAAAGAAAUCCGCGAAGCGUCCCAGUUUGAGGCAGGUCUUCACGCCGCAGUCAAACCUUGUGUUGCUGGCGUAUGGCAUGAUGGCUUUGCACAGUAUGGCAUUUGAUUCUUUAUUUCCGGUGUUCCUUCACCACCCCGAGCAGAAGCUCGACGGGAAUCCGGAUGUGAAGCUUCCUUUCAAAUUUGCCAGCGGAUUUGGCGUCGAUUCUCAAACAAUCGGCAUCCUGUAUACUCUGAUCGGUAUAAUCGGCAUGUUUAUCCAGUUCUUGGUCUUCCCCAAGGUCGCACGGUACUAUGGCGUCCUCUAUACCUUCCGAGUCGUUGUGAUUGCCUACCCGAUCUUAUACUUUGUGACCCCCUUCACCGUCCUGGUGCCAGAGUUUUUCCGCCAUGUGACUGUCUUCCUUCUGAUGCUGGCGAAGCUCGCCUGCGUCAUUUUCAGUUUCCCAUGCAGCACCAUUUUGUUGACCAACACCGCAUCGAGUCUGCGGGUGUUGGGCACGUUGAACGGCGUGGGCGUGAGUAUCAGCGCCAUUGGCCGGGCUGUCGGCCCUGCUAUCGUCGGGAGUGCAUUCACUUUCGGCGUCAAGCGGGGAUAUGUGAUUAUCCCCUGGUGGAUCCUCACCUUACUGGGCGUUCUCAGUGCCCUCCCGGCCUUCUGGAUCAUCGAGACUGAUGGGUUCGUUCCGGGUCGGGAGGACGAUAGUGACGAAGAGACGGAAGAGCAGCCAGAGGAAGCGAGGAAUAGCAGUUCCUAA